CACACCGGCUCACUGCAGGCACACAGGCUGGAGGGCACGGGCAGCCAGCAUCUCCCUUUUACUGUGAAAUGCUUUUUUGGCUGAAGGAAGAAGAGAUGUCGCACCAGGAGUUAACAGAGAGGCUAUCCUCAGUCAUCACUCAUGUCGAUGAAAUCAUGCAACAGGAGAUCCGUCCACUGCUUGCUGUAGAUAUCAUAGAACAACUUCAUCGCCAGUUUGCAACUUUAUCAGGAGGAAGAGGAAAAGAUGGAGCACCAAUUAUAACUUUCCCAGAAUACCCCAGCUUUACGGAGAUUCCUGAUGAGGAUUUUCUCAAUGUUGUAACAUAUUUAACCAGCAUCCCCAGUCUUGAAGCUGCUAGCAUUGGUUUUGUCAUCGUAAUAGACAGACGGAGGGAUAAAUGGAGCUCGGUGAAAGCAUCUCUAACUCGCAUAGCAGGGGCAUUUCCAGGAAACCUUCAGCUUGUGUUUGUUCUGAGGCCAUCCCGACUUAUUCAAAGGGCUAUUGCCGAUAUUGGCAUCAAACUCUACCGGGAUGACUUUAAAAUGAAGGUUAUAAUGCUAAACUCAGUGUCUGAUCUCCAUGGACAUAUUGACAAAAGCCAGUUGACCAGUGAACUUGGAGGCUACCUGGAAUAUAGCCAUAGUCAGUGGAUUCAGCAUAGAACAGCCAUCGAAAGCUUUGCACAAGUUGUGAAAACAACAGCCCAGAAUUUGCAGACAUUUGGAACUAGCCUUGCGGAGACCGAGUUACCCAAUGAUGUUCUGUGCACAGAGGAGCUGCUUCUGUCACAUACGGAAAAACAAGACAAGCUUAAAAAUGACCUAAAGUUGGCAUUGCAACAAGGCAGGACUUUAUUAGUAUGUAUUAAGGAUCCAGUGUCCAAAGAUCCCAACUACAAACUGAAUCCAGACGAACAAGAAAACAAGAUUACAGUUGAGAGAUUAUUGGCCCAGCUGGAUGAAACAGAAAAAGCAUUUGACGAGUUUUGGAGUCGGCAUCACCUCAAAUUGGAACAAUGUUUGCAACUGAGACAUUUUGAACAUGACUUCAGAGAGCUGAAGCUCGCUCUGGAUGCCUUGAUGGAGAUUCAAGCCACUUUCACUGACAUUGGGGACAGUGUAACACGUGUUGAACAACUUCUGAAGGAGUUAAAGCAGCUGGAAGAAAAAGGGCAGGGAUCUUUAGAAAAAGCCCAGUUACAUGCUCUCCAUGGCGAUCAGCUCAUCCAAAAUAACCAUUAUGCUGUGGAUUCUAUCAGACCAAAGUGUGUUGAACUAAGACGGAUCUGUGACGACUUUACAAAUGAGACUAAGAAAAAAUAUGACAUUCUUGGAAAGUCACUUGAACUACACCAAGAACUUGAGAAGGCCAACCAUUGGUGUGAAGAUGGAAUCUACCUCUUGGCAUCGCAAGCUGUGGACAAGUGUCAGUCACAGGAUGGUGCCGAAUCAGCAUUACAUGACAUUGAGAAAUUUCUUGGAAGCUCAAGAGGACACCAAUUGUCCAAUCCCUCCGAUUUCUACAUCAAAUAUGAAGCGAUCCUAUAUCCAGAAAUAAAGUUAAUUGUGCAAAAAGUACUAAAGAAGUUGGAUGAUGUCCAGGAAAUGUUUGACAAAAGACAAGCUAGUUUAAAGAAGCUUGCAGCUAAACAGACACGGCCUGUACAGCCUGUGGCUCCACACCCAGAAUCAUCUCCAAAAAGAGCUUCACCCAAGACUACACGGCCAGCUUCCCUGGCCACAACUCGAAGAGUAUCAGAGGUUCCUUGCACACCUCCAAAGUCACUCUCUGAAGCUGAUCUUUCCCGAAAAAGAAAUAAUAAGAAAGCAAAAGGAGGAAUAAAGAUUGAAGUGAUGCAUGAAGCCAGUCAAGGAGGUACGAGCCGUACAUUGGCGAUGAGUGAGAGUGAGGAAAACCUUUCUUCAAGAAAAAGCCACAUAAUUAACGAGUUAAUCGAAACAGAACGUGUUUAUGUCGAGGAGCUCCAAAGUAUAAUAGAGGGCUAUGCUUCUUCCCUGGAAAAUCCUGAAAUGAUUACUCUGAUACCUGCCGCAUUGCAAAAUAAUAAAGACAUUCUUUUUGGAAAUCUUCCAGAAAUUUAUGAAUUCCACAAAAGAAUAUUUCUAAAAGAGUUGGAAAAGUGUACUGAAAAUACAGAUUCUCUUGGGAGAUGCUUUUUGAAAAGGAAAGAAGAUCUCCAAAUUUAUGAAAAAUAUUGCCAAAACAAACCAAGAUCUGAAGCACUUUGGCGACAGUGUGGAGAAAGUAUUUUUUUCCAGGAAUGUCAGCGCAAAUUAGAUCACAAGCUCUCUUUAGACGCUUAUCUCCUGAAGCCAGUCCAGAGGAUUACUAAAUAUCAGUUACUUUUAAAGGAAAUGCUGAAGUGCAGUAAGAAUUCAGAAGGGACUGCUGAAUUAGAAGAAGCCCUUGCGACUGUACUGGAUAUUAUCAAAUCUGUGAACGAUUCUAUGCACCAAAUAGCUAUCACUGGAUACGAGGGGGAUGUAAAUAACCUUGGUAAGCUGCUAAUGCAGGGUUCCUUUAACGUCUGGACUGAUCACAAGAGGGGCCACAACAAGGUUAAGGACUUGGCACGGUUCAAACCCAUGCAGAGGCACCUUUUCCUAUAUGCAAAAACAUUACUCUUCUGCAAGAAGCGAGAGGAAACCACAGAGGGGCAUGAGAAAUCCCCCUCCUACAGCUUUAAAAAUGCAUUAAAGAUGAGUUCUGUUGGGAUCACUGAGAAUGUAAAAGGUGAUAACAAGAAAUUUGAAGUAUGGUAUAAUGGGAGAGAAGAAGUAUACAUAAUACAGGCAUCAACAGUUGAGUUGAAAAGCCUUUGGGUAUCAGAAAUAAGAAAAGUUCUCACAGGGCAACUAGAAGCAUGCAGAGAAGCAAGCCAGCUCCAUCAGAGAAUUACAGAGAGCGUUUACCAUGCGCCAAUGAAUUCUAGUUUUGCAAGAUCAAACAAGACAUCACUGAAUAGCCAGAAUAAAGCUGAUUCUUCCAGUCUAAAUGCAUCUAAUAACAAGAACAGGGCAUCGAGUCCAGCUGGAAAGCAGAAGAAAGCCGAUAUCCCUGCCAGUCAUAAUCUUGAGCGUUCUGCGCUUGCUAGAAAGAGAUUCACAUUGCAGGGUCUUUCGAACCGCAGAACUUCACCCAAAGAUACAGAAUCUAAGGAGAAGGAAGUUACUCGACGCUUCUCUUUAGCCUCGUCUAUGAGCACAACAGCUAUUAAAGUUUCCGCUCGCACAAAAGGUCCAAUUGGUCCAGAUGUGAAAGUUAAGAGACAUGAAAUAAAAAGUGAUCCUACUCCCCUUGGUUUUGAAGGUUGGCCAAGACAUAUGAACUCUCUUGAAACAUAUGAAGAUUUUUCAACAAUCCCUUCCAGUAAUGACGAACUUUCAAAUUCUGAUGCUGAAGAGGAAGCAGCUAAUUCCAAAGAAUCACGCCUCUUUUGUGUGAGAAGUUGUUUUGAAACGUGUUCACCAGCUACAUUUACUCUGCAGCCAGGAGAUAUAGUACAGUUUCAACAAUGUGGAGAGAAUGGGCAGUGGUUAGUAAAAGAACUUGUUUCAAAGAAGAGUGCAUGGGUGCCUUCCAGUCUGUUAAAUCCAGCGAAGGGUGACAUGGAGACCAUCUGCCAAAAGGAUAACAGUGCAGUGUACAGUGCUACGUGUCAAAUGACAAUGGAGUCUACAAGCCUGAAGGAAAAACAGAAUGAAAGAACAAGGAGCCUUGUGGUGGAACAGAAAGCUCUCAGUUGAAUCCUUUAUAUCGUCACUCUUGUUUUCCCAAGUGGCUUACGUCAUAGGCACUGCCAGCCAUAGAAAGAUGAGCCUCUGCAAAUGAUCUUCAUUACUUCAUAUUGCUGGACUUUAAAAGAAAGAAGAAGAAGAUAUUCAUGUUGGUUCAGUGAAAAAAUGUGUUAAUGCAAGUUCCUUACUGUGGCCUAUAUUAGGCCAGCAACAGAGCAGCAGUUGGACUAUGCACUUAGCCUGCACUGCCUCUCACAGGGCUGUGGUUAAAAAAAAACCUUUGUAAGAUAUUGUGAUGUUUUCUUAUUUAACUGAAAUUUAGUAGCUUGCUGCGUAUACAAGUCAAAGCUUUACAACAUAACUGAUGAAAAGAAGCACCUUGU